AUGCAGCGCGCGCGGCCGCGGUGCCGCGCGCGCCGGGCGGCGCCCGACAUGCGGCGCGCCGACCGCCACGACCACGGCGCUACAGCUGCGCCCAUGGGCGGCCAUUGCCGCCGCACGUGCACGCGCUGCUCGCCUGCGCAGGCCGACCCGGGCGCCCGCGACAAGUGGCAAGCGCACCGCGCGGCGGAAGGUGGACACGAGGCGGCGCUGGUGGCGCUCCUGGCGGCGGAGGGCGCGGAGGUGGACGCGCGUGACGGGGAGCGCGCCACGCCGCUGCACCGCGCCGCCGCCGCGGGCCACCAAGGCGCCAUCCGGGCGCUGCUGGCGGCGGGCGCCGACCCGGCGGCGCAAGACCUAGCAGGCCAGACGCCGCUCGACCACUGCCGCGCCAAGCGCUCCGACUGCGAUCGCUUCCCCGGGCUCAAGCUGUGCUUCUAUGUUGUGGAUGCAGGUGGAGGCAGUGGAGCCUGUCAUGGAGGUAGUGAACAGCACCACGGCGCGCACGGUGAUGAGGAGGCCCCGCGGCACCAGGAGCCCGCCAGGGCCACCAGCCUGAGCAGACUGCGCCGGAGUCCACCGCCACCCGCGAUCUCCCUAGCUGCUUGGCGCACUGUUGCUGCCGACGUUCAAAAAACGAACGUUUGUGUUACAGACCUGCAGCGGAAAGUUCGUGUGAUUGAAGGAGGUUAUUGCCGUUUAAAAGAUGAGUUCGAGGUUGGUGUUCGCGGAGAAAAUGUUGUUGUAUUAGGUGUCGAGAAGAAGUCUGUUGCUAAAUUACAAGAAGAAAGAACUGUGAGAAAAAUAUGUCUACUGGAUGAACAUGUAGUGAUGGCUUUUGCUGGUCUUACAGCUGAUGCCAGAAUAUUAAUCACUCGUGCCCAAAUUGAAUGUCAGUCCCAUAGGCUUACUGUAGAAGAUCCUGUAACACUUGAGUACAUCACACGAUACAUUGCAGGAUUGAAACAGAAAUAUACACAGAGUAAUGGUCGCAGACCUUUUGGCAUAUCUUGUUUGUUGGCUGGUUUUGAUUAUGAUGGUGUGCCUCAUUUAUAUCAGACUGAGCCCUCAGGCAUUUAUUAUGAAUGGAAGGCAAAUGCAACAGGACGAAGUGCAAAAACUGUUAGAGAGUUUCUUGAAAAAUUUUAUACUCCUGAAACAGUGGGAACAGAGAAAGGUACUGUUAAACUAGCCAUCCGUGCUCUAUUAGAAGUUGUACAAUCGGGUCAGAAAAAUUUGGAGAUCGCGGUUAUGCGCCGAGGAGAACCAAUGCAGAUGCUGGAUGCUGAGAAAAUCGAGGAAUAUGUUACUGAAAUUGAAAAAGAGAAAGAAGAGGAGGCAGAAAAGAAGAAACAGAAAAAGUGAAUUACUAUGAACUGAAUUUUGUGCAUAAAAUAGGCCUGUCCUCUUUACCUCUUUCAUUAAAUAAACUUGUGUUAAUUCUGUUUGUACUGAAAAACUUGUUUUAGUUGUAGCAUUUUUGUUCUCCACACUUAUGGUGCUUGUGAAAACCAUGUGUUUAUGACCAAACAGUAUACAGUAUAUUCUGAGUCUGAAAUUUUUGUUGAGUCAAGAGAAGAUUUUUUUUCUUCCAUGGACGAAAAUGCAUUAGUGGAUAAUAUAAAAUAUUUUUCCUUCCAUGCAUGAAAUGCGAAAGUGGAUAAUGAAAAACAAUAAAGAGUGCUAUUGAGGAUUAGACAUGCUUAGAUAUUUUCUGAGCAUUGACAAGGAAGAAUAUUGUAUAAAAUACAAUGCAGAUAUGGUUUUGGGCCUUAAUCUGUUUUUUAAAAAAAUGUUUUCAACAAAAAUUACUUUGGUGAUUUUAGUCUUCAUUUAUACUUGCUCUUACAACUUGAAAAUAAUUUACAGAAUUAUGGAAAUUGAAGAUGAUUAUUAAUAUGUCAACAUUGAAAAAUAGAACUUGAAAUCAGAUUUUCCUAAAUGUUUGUUUACAGAUCCCUUGUGCAAAAAAUAUUAAAUCUAUCAAUUCCCGCAGUAAUUAACUUUAUUUACCCAAAGUAAUUAUUGGGAGAGAUGGCUCAGAGCAUCAACUGAUGUCACUGCAGUCCCUCUGAAUGGGACGUUCUAGGUUUGAGUCCCGACGGUGGUAGGAUUUUCGACACUGGCUUGUCAGCUAGGUCAAAUUCAGUUGCUGUCUGGAGGAGACUUCUAGUGGCCGGCUACUCUGAUUGGUAGUUUUGCGUGGAUUCUCUGAUCAAUACCAGGCAAAUCCCAGACCAGUACCCUAACAAAUGGGCCUAGGGCCAUACCUGAUCUUUCUUAACUCUUCAUUGUCCUAUCCUCACUCCCUUACAUACACUUACUUGAACUACAUUACCAAACAUGCCUGAAGUCUGAUUAGGAGCUUAGUUGAACUUGUCUUGGCUGGGGCAGCCCCCCCCCCCCCCUAGUGGGAGAUACCUGGUUGGGGAAAAUCUCGCUAGCCGAAUCUCGCAAUACAGUAGGUCGCUGCCGAAUCUCGCAAUACAGUGGGGGAAAACCACCCCACCGCCCGAGCAAAGCUCAUGUACUGCACAUACAGGACUAAUGACCUCGGUAGUUGAUGUGCCCGGAAUCACUAACAAUCAUCCCAAACUAAUGAAGUUAACUAGUUCUCA